UAAGCCGGUGGGCAGGGUUCAAAUCGUUUAUUUUCGCGUCGAGCUCGGGCGGGGACGGAGACUACACGACGGGAGCCGAGCUCAGGCGGCGACGCGAGCUCGAACCGGCAGAUUCUUCUCUGAGUCUGCGAGACGAACGCAUCAGUCUGGGAACGCGGCUUGCUCUCAUACAACUUACUCGGCUGUGCGGCUUUGCGAGGAUAAAGUUUCUACUUUACCUUUCCCUCAACCAGAUCGUACAGGAUACGGCAAUAUUUGAGUAAAGCGGGGUUCAUCGUUUUCAAAAGACCACGCGUGGCACCAGGACUUCCCGUAGAUAUAGACGGAGUGCUGUUUCACAACUAUGGGACCUGCACUCGCCUUCACACGAGCCCAUCACUACAUUCUCGUGGUCUUCGUGCUGUCGGACUUGUUCUUCCACAGCGGAUCACAAGCGCAGAGUGGUAUCGGACUGAAGGUGACCCAGAAGGAGGUCCGUACCAUCCUUGGUGAAGCCGCUGUCCUCCCUGCAUCUUACAACACUCGCUACAAGAUCCUCAGCCUCACGUGGUCCAAAGUCACGGACAAGAACACGCGAACUGUCGUCUUCUUCUACAGCCCGGCGUCUUCCGUCAGGAAGGCUUACAAGUCCUACCAGGGCAGAGCCGAUCUUACAGGCCACGCCUCGCUAAGGAUUAACCCCACCAAGCCCGGGGACGGCGGAACCUACGUGCUGAUGGUGAUGUCGGAGGAGCUUGGCGGUCAGGAGGACUCUCUUCAGCUGACAUUGAUGGUUCCGCCAGUAGUAGAGGUUGGCCCUGCCAACCCGUACGCAGUGGAGUGGGGAAAGUCUGUGACGCUGACGUGCACCGUUCGGAACGCUAAACCCAACAUCACGUCCCUGGCCUGGUUCAAGGACGGCAUUCCCAUAGAGAGGACGAGCGGGAUGGACAUGAAGUACAACCAGGGGAACGCCAACUCGCCGUUUCUGACCAUCAACAAGGUGACGCGAGCCGACGCAGGGACGUACAGGUGUGCGGUGGAGCACGUGGUGCAGAGGACAGGGGCGGAGCUACGUCUGGACGUCUUGUAUCGCGCUUCUAUCAUCAGCAUCUCCAAAAGCCAGACCGCCUGGGUGUCGGAUGACGUCACGUUACAGUGUGUGGCGGACGGGAACCCCCCUCCCAACAUCACGUGGACACGGGCAGGGCUGGCCAUGCCGUCCAAGAUCCACCGCCUGUCCAACGACGUGCGCGCAUGCUCGGUCACCGUGCGGAACAUUCAGACGAACGACACGGGCACGUACCUGUGCACGGCGGACAACGGGGUGAAGGAGAGCGACAUCAAGUCCGUGGAUCUAUCAGUUAAGGCCCGUCGGAGAGGCACCCCAUCGUCGACGCUGGCAAUUAUAGUCGGCGCGACCGCGGGAGCCCUUUGGCUCAUUAUCUGUGUCGGUCUGUGUGUCUACAUCCUGCUGAGGCGCCGGAAAGAGAAAGAGAAGAAGAAGUUCGCGUUCUACUACAACAUGGGUCGCCGUGAUCCGCCCGCAGGAAGUAGUCCAAAGCGGGACGAAGACGGUGAACCGCCCCCUUACGCUGCACUACCCGCCAAGCCGGUGGGAUCCAAAGCUGCCCGUGCCGGCAUCAACACCAUGAGAAGAACUGCCGAGCUAAAAGCAGGCAGAAGGUACGCCAAGGUCCUAUACACGUACAUACCCCGGGAAGAGAACGAACUGCCCCUGGAGGUCGAUGACAUCAUCGAGGUGCUGGAGGGGGAAGAUGGCGGCUGGUGCUUGGGUUACCUGCGGGGCAGGAUAGGCCUCUUCCCCUCCAACUAUGUCAAGUUCAUAGCGGAAAGGAAAGUGCCUGCACUUCGACAAACUGUGGAACUAGAAGAACGACAGAUGAAGAGAAGUGUGUGACGUGUUGAAGUCUUGUCUCAUACAGGCUAGAAGUUUCAACCACAAGACAUGAUUACUACAAGGAACCAGUAGAAGGAAGGCUUCGAAAAAGAACAUUCGAAAAAGGAAUAUACGAACGUUGGAAUUAAAGAACUGUCGAAGAUGUGGAAUAGGUGUCUUAUAAGACCAAGGCAAGACAAGUAUAAGGAACGUCAUGUUCUUGGGACUGACAGUACGGGCCUCUUCGUUCCCAACUCCGACUUUGUACAUAAUGUUGCUACAUCAUAUGCAACGACUUGUCUCCAAGGAAAGUGUUUUACUCCACAGAAUGUAUGCAGAGACGCCUGCAGUACUUUCUUGAUCCCACUGGCAGACAUUAUGACUGCGCCGAAGCAAGGAGCAAUUCACUCUAAUCGCUUGGACGCCGCAAGGAUUUUUAUUCUCAAAUGUCUGCUGUUAUAUGUGUGUGGAAUUUUCUUGGCAGGUGGAAUGUCCAGUAGAAAAGAGUCGUGAUAGUUAUAUCGGAAAUGUUUUACAUGUCAGAAGAGUGCACUGAAAGAGUAUCUGUUCGCUGUCUAGAUCUGUUUGACCAUAGACGUGAAAAUGAUCCCCAUACUUCAACUUUUAAAACUGUACAGCUUCUAGCCUUUAAAGCUGGUAUCCCCUGAAGGAAUAUGGAUGACGAUGUAUUUCAGCUAGAGUAACCUUCCAGCUUGCCAGACGUCGAUAAAGCCUUCAGCAUAUCCAGAAUAUUCAACCUAUUGAGUGGCUUCAGAUGUGGUGUAAGUCUAAUAAUUCUUCUUUCUAUGAUCUGUGACUUUAACAGACAUUAUGUGAGAAACUGCAGAAAUCGUUAUCAUCGUGUAAAUUCUGCGGUUUUCAUGUCUUUUACUCAAUACACAGGGAAGAAGAAAAAUGAACAGUGACCACAGUUUGGCACACGUACCACGAAUUUCAUUUGGUGGAAUCAGACUUCCACAUUCUUGUUCCAGGUCUCGUCCAGAAAUAAUCCACUUUAGGUUCUGUUUUGGCAUGAGCAUUUUACAAUAUUCCUUUCGACUACGGUUGUCAAGGUCUUUAUUCAGCUCGGCAUUCUACAUACAUAAACCGUAAUGCCUUUUCUUUAUUGUUUUCAUUCCAGCCAUUGUAAAAUACAGGCGGCACGUUUGGGAAUCAAUAAAAACCAAACGAAUCUAUACAUGAA